AUGAAAAGCUUCGAUACGGUGCAUAAUCCCUCGGUGGUGGAAUCAGGUGACACCACCAGGAAUAACUUCGAUGAUGAUGGUCGGGAGAAGAGAACAGGGACGAUGUUGACGGCGAGUGCGCACAUAAUCACUGCGGUGGUAGGCUCGGGAGUGUUGUCGUUGGCUUGGUCUGUAGCACAACUUGGUUGGGUGGCAGGAAUAGUGAUUCUUGUAACUUUUGCCGUCAUCAAUUACUACACAUCCACUAUGCUCGCCGAUUGUUAUCGAUCGGACACAGGAACACGAAAUUGUACUUACAUGGACGUUGUCCGAACUUACCUUGGUGGUUGGAAAGUGCAGUUAUGUGGACUGGCACAAUACGGGUGUUUCAUAGGGAUCACUAUUGGUUACACCAUCACUGCCUCCAUAAGCUUAGUAGCGAUCGGGAAAACAAAUUGUUUUCAUGACAAAGGACAUGGUGCGAAAUGUUCCGUGUCAAAUUAUCCAUUCAUGGCGGCAUUUGGGAUCGUCCAGACUAUGCUUAGUCAGAUUCCUAACUUUCACAAGCUCUCUUUUCUCUCCAUUAUCGCCACUGUUAUGUCCUUCUCUUAUGCGUCUAUCGGAAUCGGGUUAGCCAUUGCCGUUGUGGCAAGUGGGAAGGUUGGUAAGACGGGGGCGACGGGCACGGUGGUUGGACUGGACGUAACCGCAUCUGAAAAAAUAUGGAAGGCGUUUCAAGCGGCUGGAGACAUUGCCUUUUCAUACUCUUAUUCAAGUAUUCUCGUUGAGAUUCAGGCAUGCAUUCUUUCUUUCAUAGAUGAUACACUCAGAUCAAGCCCACCAGAAAACAAAGUGAUGAAAAAAGCAACCCUUGCCGGAAUCUCAACUACAACUGUUUUCUACGUCUUAUGUGGCUGCAUGGGAUAUGCUGCAUUUGGAAACACAGCCCCUGGUGACUUCCUUACUGACUUUGGUUUUUAUGAACCUUUCUGGCUCAUCGAUAUUGCCAAUGCUUGCAUCGUCCUUCACCUAAUCGCAGCCUAUCAGGUGUUUGCACAACCCGUUUUCCAAUUUGUUGAGAGCAAAUGCAUCAAAGCAUGGCCGGAAAAAAAUUUCAUCACCAAAGAACAUUCGAUGAACAUACCAUUGCUUGGAAAAUGGCGCAUCAACUUCUUCAGACUGGUGUGGAGGACAGCUUAUGUGAUUAUGACAACAAUUGUAGCAGUGAUAUUCCCAUUCUUCAACUCGAUGUUGGGCCUUAUCGGGGCAGCCACAUUCUGGCCGCUAACAGUUUACUUCCCGGUGGAGAUGCACAUCUCGCAGAGAAAGGUUCAGAAGUAUUCUAUGAGAUGGAACGCGUUGAAACUACUUGUAUUCGUUUGCUUGAUUGUUUCGCUCCUAGCCGCAAUAGGUUCCAUCGUCGGCCUGAUAAAUAAUGUCAGGGCAUAUAAGCCUUUCCACAGUUAA